AAAGCCAAACCAUUGUGUUUGUAUGAAUAGAUUCUAGGGUUUUCUAUUUUAACCAUAUCAUUCGCAAGAGGGAGCGGUCUUAGUCUUCUCCCCGCUCCCCUUUUCAACUUUCUUGAACUUUUUUCACUCCAAUUUUUUGUUUGUGUUUUUCUUCUUUUGAUUCUUUAUUCAAUGCUGUUACACAUUUAUUUUCUUUCUUCCCAAACAGAUCUUCCUUUCGAUGCCGAUUUAAAAUUUUUCUAUCCAAAUUUUCUAACCCCACUUUUUAAAUUGGAAUUUAGCCCUUAAAACCUCUCAAUGCAGGUUCCCAAUUCCGAGGAAACUUCGCCUGAAGCUACCAAAACCUCCGAGAGCCCGGAAAAGUUCAAGGCCUCUAAUUCGAAUUCGGUAGUUUGUGAGGGUUGUAGCAGCAGCAAUGUCGAUGAUGAACCAGUCCUUGAUGUUUCAGGUAAAAACAUUGAUUUUUCGAUUGUGGAGAACUCCAAUGAGGCGGUUCGGGGUUUGUAUCUUUACAAAAAUGUGUUUAAUUUGAUACCGAAAGAGGUGGGUAGUCUUGGACGAUUGAGGACGUUGAAGUUCUUUGGGAAUGAGAUUAAUUUGUUUCCGUCGGAAAUUGGGAGCAUGGUGGGUUUGGAAAACUUGCAGGUGAAGAUAUCGUCGCCGAGUUUUGGUGGGUUGCCAUUGCACAAGUUGAAGGGUUUGAAAGAGCUUGAACUGUCUAAAGUGCCCCCUCGGCCUUCGGCCUUUCCGAAUUUGAGUGAAAUUUCUGGGCUUAGUUGUCUUACCAAGCUCUCCGUUUGUCACUUCUCGAUAAGAUACCUUCCUUCAGAAAUUGGGUGUUUAAAGACUUUGGAGUAUCUAGAUCUUUCGUUCAAUAAGAUGAAGAGUUUGCCAAAUGAGAUUAGUAACUUAAGUGUUUUAUUAUCAUUGAAAGUUGCUAAUAAUAAAUUGGUAGAACUACCCUCGUCUUUGUCUUCCCUACAAAGGUUGAAGAAUUUAGACCUUUCAAAUAAUAGGUUGACAUCGUUAGGCUCUCUUGAACUCAGCUUGAUGCACAACCUUCAGAAUUUAAAUCUUCAGUACAAUAAAUUUCUCGCCCAUUGUGAAAUACCUUCCUGGAUAUGUAGCAAUUUGGAAGGAAUUGGUGGAGAAUCCAUUGACAACUUUAUCAAUUCAUCUGUUGAAAUGGAUUUUUAUGAUAAUGCUAGUCAUGGAUACGAUGGAGGUCUCUCUCGUAAAGGCUCGCAUCAUCUCCUUCCAGGUCUAAUGACUGCGCCUGCAUCAAACAGUAGAUGUUUUUCAGCGAGGAAGUCUGGUAAAAGGUGGAAGAGGAGGUAUUAUUUGCAGCAGAGAGCUCGUCAAGAACGUUUAAACAACAGUAGGAAGUGGAAAGGUAUUGAUCAUACUAAGUUGUUAUCCUUAAAGGAGGAUGGGAAGUGCGAACCUGGCAGUAUAGAUGUUCUUGCUCCUGACCCUUCUGUAGAAGGGUCAUCUGAAGUUAUACUGGAUGAUGAUGAUGAUAAAGAAAUACUUCCUGGUGAUGAUGAAAGUGAGAAUCUUUUAAACAGUGGUGAGGAUAAUGAUAUUAAUGUGAAAAAAGAGUUUUAUGCAGAAAAUGGCUUAUGCAUCAGCGUUGAAUCUUCUGCAGUAAACAAAGGGGAUAAAUAUGAUAGUUCUGAAAAGAAUGAAUCUUUGGCCUCAGUUCAGAAUAAAGUUGUCGAGGAUGAAGAUUCAUUGUCAGAAACGCUAAAAAGUUAUUCAAAGUCUAAGAGGCACUGUGAGAAGGAUCUUGACAAUCCCAAACCGUGCAAGUCCCGUAGAUCUAUUGAUGAUUGUGCAAGUGUAUCUCGCAAAUAUAGUGAUACUUCGUUCUGCAGCGUUGAGGACUUCCUUCCAGAUGGCUUUUAUGAUGCUGGGCGUGACCGACCCUUCAUGGCCGUGAGGAAUUAUGAGCAAAGUUUCCCUCUUGAUUCCCGUGAAGUUAUAAUUUUGGACAGGGAAAGGGAUGAGGAGUUAGAUGCUAUUGUAAUAUCUGCACAAGCAAUGUUAUCUCGUCUAAAGCAAUUAAAUUGUCUAACCAGAGAUGCAGCUUGGGUCAAUGAGUUGCAGGUUGUAUCAUUGCUUGCUCUCUUUGUUUCUGAUCAUUUUGGUGGCAGCGAUAAAAGUGCAAUAAUUGAAAAGACUCGAAAAGCUGUGUCUGGUUCAAACUAUCGGAAACCUUUUGUUUGCACCUGCUCAACUGGAAAUAGCAUGAGUGUUAAUACUCCAACCAAUUCAAGUGCAGAAUCCGUUGAAGAUAUCGUUUUUUCUGAUAUCUGUGAAAAAUCACUCCGGGCUAUCAAAUCUAGGAGAAAUUCCAUCAUAGUUCCUUUGGGAACUGUACAUUUUGGUGUAUGCAGGCAUAGAGCAUUGUUAAUGAAGUAUCUAUGUGACCGAAUGGAGCCUCCAAUUCUUUGUGAGCUUGUGAGGGGUUACCUGGAUUUUAUGCCACAUGCAUGGAAUGUUAUAUCACUUAAGAGUGGUGAUUCGUGGGUUCGCAUGGUAGUUGAUGCUUGUCAUCCACACGAUAUACGAGAAGAAACAGAUCCAGAGUAUUAUUGCAGGUAUAUUCCCCUUAGUCGGAACAGAGGUCCUUUGUCCUCUGGAAGCAGCAGGACUGCUCAGGGUAGUUCCUUUCCUUCUUUGUCUUUCUCCGAUGAAAUUUUGAAAGCAGCUUCUACUUCACUUAUGAGGUACAAAUAUGGAGCAGUUGAGGCAGCAGCGAAGGUUCGCACUGUCGAGGUCUGCAGGACCUCAGCGAAUGAUAUUAGAAAUUUUGAGUAUGGAUGCUUAGGUGAAGUAAGAAUAUUAGGUGCUUUACAGCACUCUUGUAUAGUCGAAAUGUAUGGGCAUGAGAUAUCGUCUAAAUGGAUCUCUUCAGCAGAUGGCAAUUCUGAGUGUCGUGUAUUACAGUCUACAAUAUUGAUGGAGUACAUAAAGGGGGGAUCUUUAAAGGGCUAUAUAGAAAAGUUAUCAAAAGCUGGUGAAAAGCAUGUGCCUGUGGAGUUGGCUUUAUGUAUUGCUAGGGAUGUUGCAUCUGCAUUAGCGGAGCUCCAUUCCAAACACAUUAUUCAUCGUGAUAUAAAAAGUGAAAACAUUUUGAUUGACUUAGACAGAAAGAAGGUUGAUGGAACACCUGUUGUGAAAAUCUGCGAUUUUGAUAGAGCUGUGCCUCUUCGUUCUUUGUUGCAUACAUGCUGCAUUGCACAAUUAGGAGUACCUCCUCCCGACGUAUGUGUUGGAACACCUCGCUGGAUGGCACCUGAGGUUUUGCGAGCAAUGCAUAAACGUAAUAGUUAUGGAAUGGAAAUUGAUAUUUGGUCAUUUGGAUGCCUGCUUCUGGAAAUGUUGACAUUGCGAAUUCCUUAUUCAGGAUUGCCUGAAGUAGAAAUUCAUGAUCAUCUUCAGAUGGGGAAAAGACCACAGUUGACGGAUGAGCUUGAGGAUAUGGGUUUAUCGAGUGAGCCUGAAAUCGCUCAAUCUGGUUCAGAGCUGGAUGAAAAGAAGGCUGAUUCAGAUGCUUUGAAAUUUCUUGUUGACUUGUUCCGCCAAUGUACCAAGGAGAACCCAACAGACCGGCCAAUGGCCAAAGAGCUGUAUGAAAUGUUGAUUGCACAGUCAAGCAAGCUUACCAUCACAGUGAGAAGUUAGGAAUCAAAGUAGGUUAAAAUUAUAGGUAAUGAUCAAUACCCACCACCACCCAUUAUAAAAUUUUUGUAGCCUUAGUAGAGUGUUGUACCAUACGGAUGGGGCAUUUAUGUACUCACAAAGUUAAGCUAUUUUUCAAGACAUCAAGCGGGAGAAACUUUCAUUAUAAUUUAGUUGAGAUUUGUAAAUCUUAUAUGGUUUCUGGUACGGGCAAUUCUUAGGUGGCAUUGUAUUUUUUUUUCUUUUUACCAUGAGUAAACCUGAUUGAUCAUUAAGUUUUAAAAGCUGCCCAGAAUUUGAUUCACAAUUAUUCAGUUAUAUUAUUAAUGUUUUACGACU